UUUUGGCUUUUUGCACCAUAAUUUUGCCAAAUUAAUUAACAAAGGAGAGAAAAGGAAAAAGUUUGAAUGAGCUAAGUGAUGUAAGCCAUGUAGACAACUGCAAACCAGCUGAGAAACAAAAAUUUGCUCGUGUAUAAAUACAAACACGAAACCGAGCUUCCAGUCCCAAGCACUGUCUUUCUUCUACACAUUAACAACUCCUUUAAGCAACCUGCUUAGAUCAAAUUGUUUGUUUGAGUCUCAAAAUAUGGGUUUCCGUUUGCCAGCAGUGAUCCAAAGUUCCAGACAACUUUUGAAACACCAUUCUGGUUUCUUCAGGAAACAAUCAGAUGUGCCCAAAGGCCAUGUUGCUGUUUACGUUGGAGAGGCGCAAAGGAAACGUUUUGUGGUUCCAAUUGCGUAUUUGAACCACCCUUCGUUUAAAGAAUUGCUGAACCGGGCUGAGGAAGAGUUCGGCUUCGAUCACCCGAUGGGCGGCCUCACAAUUCCAUGCAAAGAAGAUGCUUUCAUCAAUCUAACCUCGAAGUUGCAUACUUGUCCUCUUCAACGAUGAUGGAUCUGUUCCCCUAAUUUUGACUAGCUUUUUUCUUUCCUUUUUUCCUACCAGUUUGAAGUGUAAAUAUUAACAAAUUUUAAGAGGAAAAAUGAAUUAUUGUACUAAUGUACAAUAACUUUAUCAUUGCAAAUGUGGAUAUAUGGGUUAAAUUUAUUAACUAAUAAAAGUUCUUAGACAUUUUAAA